AUGGGCGACGGUUCUGAUUAUCCUAGCCCAAGAAGUGAAGGUGCUAGUGGUCCAGCAGCCGUGCUCGUCGCUACGCAGGAUCCUCUCGCUGCUGUUCCAAAGAUGAACGAUCAAAUUUCUCCCAGUUUCAUGGAAGGGGCUCGUCCGCGACUGUCGGUGAGACGAGCGCGCGAUCCGCCCAAGAACGCUGUCGGCCAGAUUUUCUGCGACCAUGCAGAAUGCCAGCCGAGUCCCCCGACAUUUCGCCGUCCUUGUGAAUGGAAUAAACACAUGGACAAACACGACCGGCCUUAUAAGUGUUUGGAACCUGGAUGCGACAAAAUUCAAGGUUUCACAUACUCUGGUGGCCUACUGAGGCAUCAGCGCGAAGUGCAUAAGAAGAACGUCAACGCCAAGAAACCUCUUAUGUGCCCUUAUCCUGACUGCAACCGCAGCACUGGUAAUGGGUUUACGCGUCAAGAGAACCUGAAAGAGCACCUUCGACGGCGCCAUAUGCAUUCCGAGAACGGCCACGCGCCGGAACUCGCGAUCGUUCCAUCACCUGAUCUCGAUGGUGCCACCUCUCUACAAGCUGUGAAGCGGAAGCGAGAUUCGCUCGACGAGGACGCCACUGAUCCGGCUAUCACUUUUCCAGAGGAUGAAGAGAAUGGCGUGGACAUGCAGGGCGAACUCAAACGACUGCGACGCGAAGUCCAAGAGAAAGAUCGUCGGCUACAAGAGCUGGAGCGCAUUGUAGCUGGCCUGCAACAGGUCAUCCCACAGCCGCAAGCUACCGUCUCCCAGGGGUAA